UAUGGGUCAUAUUUUUUGUUAACACUGAGGUUAAUAAUAUCUUUUCAAAUUGUUCUUCUACUUGGAUCGAAGGCGGCGACGUAUUCUGAGACGAUCCCUCGAAAACAAUUGAUAUUGGGAUUUCUCUGAAUUAGAAGUAUUGUUUGGGAAUUUUUGAGAGACAAGUAAGGUAAAGGAUAUGGUAUGGAAGAGCAGUUUAUACUGCGAGUGCCACCAGCUGUAGCUGAAAGAAUUGAGCGGCUCUUAAAUGAUUCAUCUGCUUCUUCUGAGGACAAGAAUUUGGAUAUGCUGUUUUCUGAGGAUGGAAGGACCGGUACGUUUGUUAUAGGAAAUGACCGCUUCUCUUCAUCCCUCUUGGAUCUUCCCUCUGUUGUAGAGUCUUACAAAACUUACGAUGACAACGUCUUGAUUAAAACUGCAGACAUUGGUCAAAUAAUAAUGGUGAGAGAGGAGAGUGAUGGUGUCCCAGAGGCAGUUGAGUAUAGACAUGGACUCACUCCACCCAUGAGGGAUGCUCGAAGACGGAGAUUUCGUCGCGAGCCAGAUUUAAAUCCCGAGGUUGUCCGUCGUGUAGAGAGAGAUUUGCAGAACAUCAUGGCUGGUGGAACAGCUGAGAAUAUUGGUGUUGAAAUGGUUGAGCCCGGGGAAUAUGGCGAUGAAGCUGCUCGCAAUGCGAGUAAGAAAGUGGCAUCUGCACCUUUAGCAAAGCCUGAUGUGCCUGAAGCAGGAACGGCUGGUGGGGAGCCUGAUGGGAGUGAUACUGAUGAGACCGAUGAUUCUAUGUGAACCAAACAUGAAUGGAGAAUAUGCCAUUGGCCUAUAUUGAAUUGGUGAAGGGAUAAAACUGUGUCAGCUAUGUCUCCUAUGCAGAAUCUGGUCUCCAACUUCUGUGCCAGACUCCUCCAACACAAGGUUCUAAUCAGUGCUUCAUUUUGUUGUGUGCCCUGUUAUUUUCUAUUCAUGUGUACGGAGCAUCUUAUUGUGUAUGUCUAAGUUACUUUGUGGA